UCCUCCUCCUCCCUUCACCAUCCCACCUAGCCAUCACCUCUCAGCCUACCCACAGACAGCCAAGGAAUCUCUAUAGUGAGGAGCACCCAAGAGAAGCAGGAACCAUGCAGACGUCCAUGGAGUUGAAGAAAUCCAUCUCAGCCACCUUGGAGACAGACAAGCCAAUGAAAAGAUAUGGAGCAGUGGAGGAGACUGACUGGAAAGCAGGGGGGCUGGGGAGAAGAAAUCAACUUGACGUUGUUUCUAUGGCUGAAACAACCAUGACACCGGAAGAAAUUGAACUUGAAAUGACUAAAAUCCAGAGGCUUCGAGAAGUCUUAGUCAGAAGGGAAUCAGAACUAAAGUUCAUGAUCGAUGACAUUCAGCUGUGCAAGGAAAUUAUGAGCCUGAAACAAGAACUGCAGAGCUUAGUGGACGUGCCAGAGAAAGAUAAAACUAAUGAGCAGAAGAAACGAGAAGACGAGUUGAUCCAGAAGAUUCAGAAGCUGGUACAGAAGAGGGAUUUCCUUGUAGAUGAUGCAGAAGUGGAGCGGUUAAGAGAAAAAGAAGAAGACAAGGAAAUUGCAGACUUCUUACGCAUCAAAUUGAAGCCGCUGGACAAAGUCACAAGACCAGCUGCCAGCAGUACCACUCCCGAGAAGAAAACUGAACUACCGCCAACUAAACCUUCUUUAACAAAGACAGGGAUGGCUAUCCUCAAAGAUUGCUGUGGUACCACCCAGUGCAGUGUCAUGUAACACACAGCCUCAGUCCAGACAUCUGAAGGCUCCUACAAGAUGAUGGGUUCCUUAACAGAGGAUUCGAUGCAUCUAGAAUCCUGCUACCAAGAACUGUCCGUGCUGUAGAUAUUACAGCAACGCAUUUACCAAUAGUGUACCAAUAGUGAAUUCCUCGCUGUCGCAUGGAUCACUCAAUGAGCAUGUUUAAGAGGAGCGUGUAUGUAUCAAGAUACCUGCAUAUCUAUGUAUAUAGGGUGGCCAGCAAUCAGUACUGUUUUGUACCAGCCUGAGUGUUUACUUAGUAGAAAUAGCAGUCUGUGUCCUGGUCUCCUGAGAAAUUAACAUGCAGUGUCAAUCAAGACUGAGCCUAUAUGUCACCUGCAGCGCAUCUUUUUUGCAAUACUAAAAACUGCCAUUGACCUUUUAGGAAUGAAAAACCAUGUUCCAUACAUAAAAAUGACAACACUUAACAAAAACAAGCCGUCCUAUUGAAGUGAAUGGGACGACUUCUUGAACUUCUGCCUGCUCACCGCUGACAUGUCAAUGACGAGCAGGUAAACAAGAGAAGGUAGUGCUCGUGUGGCCCAUGCCGUCUCUUCGUAAAGCUGAUAUUUUUUUUUGGGGGGGGGGGGGGGGGGUGCCGGACUCCCACCGACCUGGUAUUGAUAACCUAUCCUGAGGAUAGGUCAUCAAUAUAAAAAAAAUCCAGGAAAACCCCUUUAAUCAUCCAGAAGUUGUGUGGUCAAAGUGAAAUUGUCCCUUUUGAAACAGAGUUGUAGUCCACAUUUCUGACUAGUCUUUUCAUUGUUGAUUAUUUUUUUUUUUUUAUUGUCUUAUUUUUCAGUUUUUUGUUGCAGCAUUAGGGUCCAUUCACACGUCCGUAGCACGUUUUGUGGAUCCACGGAUUAGGUUGAGAAUGUCACCAUUACCCAGAAAAUUCAGUGCAGAGUCAGUUACUAUAUAACAUGCAGUUACAUGAAACAGAUAACCUUAACUAUUUUUAUUUAAAGUAUUUUUAAAAACUUCCUUUGCUCCGAUUUUGAGAAUAUAAUGCAACUAUAUUUUUAGCAAUUAUACGUGUAAAAUAGACUCCAAACGAUUUGUAGAAUUUGUUAAAAGCAUUUCCUUGGACAUUGCAAAAACCACUGUUACGUGACGGCAGUAGAAUUAUUUAUGUCUUAGGGUCUAUUAUACUGUGAAGUUCAGACUAAGUAAAUAAAUUAUUUGUACCUUUGUGGAUUUCAAAGUGGAAUUAUACGUUUGUAAAAUUUAAACACUGUGGCAUUUCAUCUGCGAGACGUAGAUGGCAUCGAUCAAAAUGACACAGAACAAAGCCAUUUGUAUUCUCAUACCAAGUAAAGGGGAAAAAAUAAAAAUCCCUUUGAUUCCUG